ACGUGUGGGUGUGUUUACAGUGUGUGUGUAUGUGUCAGCUGGAUCAUGAGCUGGAUGAUGAUGUGGGGACCAGCCUGGGACCAGCCGGUGCAGAGGGGUCUGUAGCCGGGUAGUAGUCCUCCUUUAUGGCCGCAGGGUCGCUGAGGGGUCCGGUCCUGGUUCUGCUGCUGCUGCUGGGACUCCGGGUCCGGCUCACCGGGACCCAGACCGUCCGAGUCUCCAUGAAAGAUGACCUCCUGCUGCCGUACGCCAGCGGCCACGGACCCACACACUCUCACCGCUACGUCAGGGACUGUCAACCUGUCGCCCACGGUAACACCACCCACGAGACCUGGAAGUCCAGCGACUACAUCGGAAUGCCCGUGGCGGACUCCACCAACUUCGUGUCCAACGUGCCGGGCAGCUCCAGAUGGGUUUACGGUCACAUGACGGUGGUCCACGACCCUCUGAGGACGGUGUCGGUGUUGGAGCCGGCGGGUCCUGGCGGCUGUGGGAUGAGUCAGACCGCCACCGUGGAGGAAACGGCCUCAGUUGCAGGAUGUCUGUACGCUCAGAACGCCGGCUACUUCAACACGCACACGGGCGCCUGUCUGGGAAAUCUGGUGAGCGACGGCCGGCUGGUGCAGGACAGCGGCGGGAUCCAGAACGUCCAGUUUGGGAUCAGGAAGAACGGGACCCUGGUGUUCGGGUAUCUGUCUCAGGAUGACGUUCUGGACAAGUCCAACCCGUUUGUCCAGCUGAUCAGCGGCGUGGUGUGGCUGCUGAGGAACGGAGAGGUUUACAUCAACCAGAGUCUGGUGGCCGAGUGCAACAACAUGCAGGAGACAGGGGUUUUCCGCACGUUCGUGGACGUGAAGUCGGCCAGGACAGCGGUGGGCCACGACGCCAGGGGCAGACUGGUCCUGUUUCAGAUCGACGGACAGACCGGAAUCAGAGGGAUGAAUCUGUGGGAGUUAGCUGAGACGUUGAAGCAGUAUGGGAUCAUUAACGCCAUCAAUCUGGACGGAGGCGGGUCCUCGACCUUCGUGGUUGGCGGCAACUUGGCGAGCUACCCGUCUGAUCACUGUAUCCCAGACGGCCGGUGGCGCUGUGCUCGGAGGGUCUCCACCGUCCUGUGCGUCCACCCGCGGCGCUGUGAUCCUGAGGACUGCAGCGGACACGGGAAGUGCGUGGACGGACGCUGUCAGUGUCAGGACGGCUGGCAGGGCGACGCCUGUGACUCUUUGGUGUGUCAGCCGGCAGACUGCGAACCUCACGGCGUCUGCACGCCAGGUGGGUGUGUUUGUGAUGCUGGAUGGAGAGAAAAGAACUGCAACCAAGAGUGCCUACCUGGUUUCUACGGUGACGGCUGUAAUAAAACCUGCACCUGCUUUAAUGGUGGUUCCUGUGACCCGGUCCACGGACGCUGCUCCUGCCCCCCAGGUUUUCAAGGCAGCACCUGUGAGCAAGUUUGUCCUCUUGGGUUUUUCGGAGUGUCCUGCGCUCAGGAGUGUCGCUGUGACGACCAGUGUCCGUGUGAGCCGCAGACAGGAAGCUGUAACGCCACACUGCCUGGAGACACCAACGCCACCUUACACAGAGCGGGUCAGUGUCUGGCCAAACAGAUGUUUACAUCGUGGCGGAGAGAAGAAGAAGCUCACGUUGAGCGCGCUCAUCUAUCAGAGCGUUCGUGGCUGAUCAUCACCGUCUCUCUGGCCUCCCUGCUGUCUCUCAGCCUCAUCGCUCACAUCCUGCGGGCGUGUCGAGGCUCAGCGGCCGCUCGCUUCUCCGAACGCCAAGACUACUCCUUAGUCCCGCUCACGGACAUCAACGGAGCGGCUAGGAGGGGAGGAGCCAGGAAAUUGGAGGACUCGGACUCUGAGGAUGGAAUCUGGUCUCCGUCGCGCUCAGGGAGGUCGUUAGGAGGAGAGGAGGAGGAGCUCUGAUAUUGCACAAGAGGAACGAGUGUUCUUCUGCUCAAACUCAAUCUUUGAAUGUCGUCGACAAUCCUGCUGAGUGAGAGAGAAGACGAAGCACAACGACGUCUUCACUCUGCCAACACAGCCGAGGAGGACUCUGAAUGUGACGUUAGAUCAUCCCGAGAGGAGGAUGAAAUCAAACGUGUAUUAUCCAGCAAUCCAACACCAACCAAUCAGAUAGCAGCUCCAGAGAAAGAGAGUAACCGGUCCUUCACUUUCCAACAGGAAGUAGAAAAACACCAAAACGCAAUACCGGAGUGCAAACAGCUGUGCUCACUUCUCACACCGCCAUGUCUCCGGUGGUCGUCGGUACAUCAAGAGUUAAAAACAGCUCUCUUGUCUCAGAGUCUGGGACAGAGUUUUGCAUAUUUUAGGGUCUAAAUGGCUCGUAGGUACCAAAUGCAAAGUUUCAAUGUCUGAUUUUGGAUCCCAAACUGAGACCUGUAAGGACAGAGAUGUCACCUGGACCAAAGCUGAGUCCCUGAAAACCAUUCCUCCAAAGACCAGCAGAUAAAAACUGAGAUCUUUAAAAAUGAGGGCCUGUGUCCACUGACAGCGGUUCUUUAUAUACACAGCUAAGUGUCAUCAGCAUAGAAACGCCAUCAUGCUAGCUAAUGUAGCGCUUUAAGUUGGGUUUUUUUUAAAGACUUUAUUGUAAUAUAACAAGACAAGAAAACAGACUAAAUAAUAAAAAGGAAAUAAAGUAAUAGGCACGCACAUCAUUGGAAUGGAAAGCUGUCAGAAGACAAAAACAAAACAAAGAAAUAUACAUACAUACAUGUCCACACUGCCAUCUAACAGGAAGGUGAGAUAUUAAAUCAGUGUCCCACCAAAAUAAAGGAAGUAAAUAAUGGAUGACACUCCACUGGGUAAAUUAAAGAUCCAGGUGCAGGGUCCAUAUGUUCCAACAAUGCCUAAAUUAAUCAGGUAGCAGUUUUUUUACUUGUAAUAUAUUCAAUAAAGGGACCCCAAAUUUUCACAAACUUAGUGUGUGAGUUUGAAAGAGUGUGUCGCGCUCUAAGUUUAAUUUAAUUCAACUUUUGGGACACCGUUGUGUUCAUUAAUGUCACUUCUUCUGCACCAACCAAUCAAAAUCAAGAGGGGGCGGGACUUUUGGUGUCGACUAACCAGACUUCUUCUUCUUCUAUCUUACAAGGUGCUAUUUCCAGGUGUUGAGCUAAUGCUAAUGCUAAUGCUACGGCACGAUUUCUAUCAGCUGUUUGUGUUAUAAAACAGAGUUAACAGUCAAUGCUAAGAGGAAGCAGCUGCUAGCAUGAAAUUCUGUCGCUAGUGGACACAGGCCCUUACAGCUGAGCUCCAGUAUUUUCCUUUUUAAGUCUUGAUUUUAUUUUAUUUUUGUUCUAAUUGACUGAAGGCUGAUUUAUACUUCGAGUACGUGGAGCUCAUGUCAGCGUCAGACCCUGCUGCGUAGGAGAGACCCAGAAGGAUAAAUCAGCCUUUAGUAGUGCUAAAGGUCUGAGAGCUGCUCAUCCAGCAGCCUGUUGUUUUAAACACGUCCCUCUUUACCUCCUCUUACCUCCUCUCCCCCUUCAGUUCAGUGAGACCAGGUGACCCAGACCGCGUCAGGAUCCAGGGUUCAGUUUGUGUCCACGUACGCAGAUGAACUCCGACCCCUUCAUGAGGGGAGUUCAUAACAAACUUUUAUCAGACUUGUUUCUUAUCACCGUUAUGUCUGGUCUGAACGCACAGAGCACCGUGUCUGAAUGUACCUGUGAGGUGAACGUGACACAUUCUCACUCAUAGAUAUGAUUAUUAAUCUAAAGCACAUUUUUCUGCCACAGAUGUUUAGUCUUUUUGUACUUCUCUGUAAACAUGUGCCAGCUUUGUAUCUCACUGAAGAACAGACUCUUGAUAUUCAGAUUUAUAAACGUCACCAGACUCCUGAUGAGUGUUUGUUUUAGCUGUUCAAAUAAAUACCAGGUUUCAUGUGUGACCACAAACACGA